GGGCCCGUAAGUCCGCAGCCGUUUCCUGCCCUGAUGCAUGGUGGUCGAACGGAGGAAUUGUUGGAAAAUUUUGUCGGAGUAUACAAACAUGUUAUUAGCACAGAUUAAUCGGGAUUCCCAAGGAAUGGCUGAGUUUUCAGGAGGAGGCGGAGAAGCCCAACAUGUGACAUUGUGUCUAACAGAAGCUGUUGCAGAUGGUGAGAGCAUGGACACUAUAGAAGCGAUGAGUUUACAGGCCGUGACUCUUUCCGAUGGUUCCACAGCAUAUAUUCAGCAUAAUGGAAAAGAUAGUAAAUUAAUUGAAGGUCAAGUAAUUCAGCUGGAAGAUGGCUCUGCUGCCUAUGUUCAGCAUCUUACUAAAAGUGAUAGCCUACGGCUGGAGGAUGGUCAAACUGUGCAGCUGGAAGAUGGAACCACAGCAUAUAUCCAUCACUCUACAAAAGACUCCUAUGAUCAGAAUUCACUGCAAGCCGUGCAGUUAGAAGAUGGAACCACAGCUUACAUUCACCACACUGUACAAGUCCCACAGUCUGACACCAUUUUAGCUAUCCAGGCAGAUGGCACUGUGGCUGGUCUUCACACAGGAGAAGCUACCAUAGACCCUGAUACCAUCAGUGCAUUAGAACGAUAUGCUGCAAAGGUGUCUGUAGAAGGAGGUGAAAAUGUUGAUAGCAAUUCAAUGAUAACCGAUCCUGAGCAGGGGAAGAAAAUGCAGAUUGUGUUACAAGGUCAUGGGUCUCGUGUGACCGCUAAGCCUCCGCAGACAAAUGAAAAGGCAUUUCGCUGUGAAUACGAUGGUUGUGGAAAGUUGUAUACAACUGCUCAUCAUCUUAAGGUACAUGAAAGGUCACACACAGGAGAUCGACCAUAUCUGUGUGAUCACACGGGCUGUGGGAAAGCAUUCGCAACAGGUGGCUAUAGUUGCACAAGAGUUAUCUGCAUUCCAUACCAGCUCUCCAGAAAUGGGACACCAACAGCACAGUCACCAUCUAGUGACGGCAGAUGCAAGACCUGUUACUUUAUUAGCAACAUCCAAUGGUACACAGAUCGCUGUACAGCUUGGCGAGCAACAGUCUUUGGAAGAAGCCAUAAGGAUAGCAUCCAGGAUACAGCAGGGCGAAUCGCCAGACAUGGAUGAAUAACUGUAAAUUUUGUAAAAAAGCCACUAAUUAUUUUAGCAAAAAUGUUGCUGGUUGUAUGCACUCUAAUAACGCCCCCGAGUGCUAUUGUGUGUAGAUUCCAAUUCCUGCAAAGCAGAACAGUUGUUUUAUAUGCUUUUGUCCAAGGAGCAAAACAUAACCUUAUGACUUGCUUAUCACAAUUUAUUAGAUCACAGCUGCUGUUGUCUAGCAAACUAUUUGCUGACCUUAAAUUCUCAAGCAAAACUGUGUGUGUUUAUAUAUGAAGGUAUACAUUUGUGUGUGUGUAUGUUACAUAUAUAUAUAUAUAUAUAUAUAUAUAUAUAUUUCAUAUAUAGAGCAUAUAAACAAAGCACUCACUCUGUGAGUGCUUUGUUUAUAUGUUCUGUGGAUUUCUCUUAGCACCCUGGCAUUUUAUAUAACUGUCAGUGGGGGUGCACCUAUCUCUAAAUUACACACACACACACAUAUAUAUAUAUAUAUAUAUAUAUAUAUAUAUAUAUAUAUAUAUAUAUAUAUAUAUAUACAUACAUACAUACAUACAUACAAUGUCCAAGCAUAGCACACUCUCACCUUAUAUCACAUCCGCCAGUGUGCCAACGGUAAAUGUAAAGACUAGCAGGAGGCACUCACUGGUCCUUUCGAACGUGCCCCGAAACAUCACAUUGAAUAUAGCACAUUUGAAAGGACCAGUGAGUGCCUCCUGCUAGUAUGUGUAUCCACACUUGAGCAAAGAGCACUCACCGGACUUUAUAAAGCUUUAUGAAGUCCGGUGAGUGCUAUUUGCUCAAGUGUGUGUGUAUGUAUAUUUG